UUAAAAAAUUAACUACGUAAAAAUGGAACGUAGUCAAUUCGUCUUACCAACCUCAAGAUAUCAAAAAUCAGAAAUAACUUGUCGCAAAUUCCACCAUUUUCCCUUUGUAACAUACCGGUGUUAAAAACACGUAGCACGUAUUAAAAUCACAAAAUGAACACCGAAAAGCUGAAGAAAUUGCAAUCACAAGUGCGCAUUGGAGGUAAGGGCACACCACGACGAAAGAAGAAGGUUGUUCAUGCGACCGCCGCCACAGACGACAAGAAAUUGCAGUCUUCCCUCAAAAAGCUGUCAGUAAACACAAUACCUGGCAUAGAGGAAGUAAAUAUGAUAAAAGAUGACGGUACAGUGAUACAUUUCAACAACCCAAAGGCGCAAGCUUCACUUGCGGCGAACACUUUCGCUAUCACAGGACAUGGAGAGAAUAAGCAAAUCGCUGAAAUGCUGCCUGGCAUUUUGAGUCAACUGGGGCCUGAAGGAUUAAAUCAGUUGAAGCGGUUGGCGUCAAGUGUGGCCGCGCCGAAGCCCUUGGAGGAGGACGAUGAAGUACCUAACCUAGUUGGUAAUUUCGAUGAGGCUUCCAAACAAGAAGCUAAGGAGGUCAUAAUCGAAGAGAAGGAUGAGAAAGAAAAGGAGAAAAAAGAGCCUGAAACCAAAGUUGCAGACAAGAAAACUGACUAAGCAGCCAACCAUACAUAUGACGGUUUAGUUUUUAAUUUGCUCACCCGAUGAAGUGAUAAAAGCUAGGGUUUCCAAAGCCAUCGGGCAUGUCUCAAAACAGUAAUUUUUUGUUAAUUUUGUGUUCCUAUUAAAUGUGUUUUGGACAUACUUUGUUCGCAUUUAUUAUAAAAAAUUGUGUGACCUGUGACUGACCAAUUCGUGUUUUACUAACUAGUGACUUUGGAAAUCCUACAAACAGCCAUGUCAGUUAUAAAUUUUGCUUUUGUCUCCUUUGCCAAGCACUAAUACUUAUUUUUAUUUAACAUUAAUGGGAUAUGUUGAUUUUUACACUUUAGAAAUUAGCAAGCCUUACAACCCUCGUGGGUAACAAUAGAAAACAAUAGUUAUUCAACAACAGCCUGGUGCUCGUGUUGAAAAAGUUAUAAAUGUGGAUUGUUGAUAUAUUGGCUAUAGCACUUUAUACAUAGUCUAUAAAAUAAUGCAUUAUUUCAGCGUGUCACCAGGAAAUAUAUGUAUAAGAAAUAAAAAGGGUGUUGAUACACCAAAUAAUAUUUUUAAAUAAUAUUUUCUAAAGUUGUUGGUUCAUGUCCAAGAGAUAUGCUUCUCAUUUUAAAAACAAAAUAGAUUUAAAAAUGGAACUUUAGUCACAUAUAGCUCUUUAGGUUAUGGAGCUAAUGAUGUAUAAUAAAAACAUAAAAAUCGUAAAAAUAAAAAUGAUUCAAGGUUUUGUGUAAUGUGCAAAUGUGACAUUAAAACUUUGGUCCAUGAA